AUGAUGCAAAUCAGCGCAAAUGAAGUAUCAUCUUCCAAACUCAGGACAGAGGAGCCUGCUGACCAUGACAAGACCCCACUUUGGACACUGUAUUCAGCAAACCUGGAGGGUACCUGGGUCAUGGGAGACAAAGAAGGCUUCAGAGCCCAGGAGGGUGAGCCCAUGUCCCAAAAGCACCCGCAAAACUGCCAGGAAGGUGGAGGCAAAGCCCUGGCUCCCGGGCCGCAGGAGGAGCUGCUGCAGGGUUCAGCCCCUCAGGCUCACGAUGCCCCACGUGAGGAACCACCACUCUCCUGCUCCAUCUCGGGAGAGAAGAAGCUGUCAGAGGUCUCUGCAGGUCUAACUGGGGCUCCUGCUGGGAGAGCAUGCCAGCCUCCUGGCUCCAGGGUGCUCCACAAAGACAGAACUCUAGCCCCACCUGGACCCCAGCCCCAGGGGGAAGGUCGUUCCCUCCCAGUGGGAGAGGUGAAGAUGGGGAAAAGGCUGUAUUCUCCAGGCCCCGGUAAGCAGAAGAAGCCGAAUGCUGUGGUUCUGGCCUCAACGUCAUCUCCAGCUGUCACCAACUUGGUCCACACCAAACACAACCCAGUGCCUUGUGGAUCGGGCCGGGGGCCCUGCCACCUGGCCAACCUCCUCAGCACAUUGGCGCAGAGCAGCCAAAACACAGACCAGAAGAAGCGGCCCCCGGAAGUGACCUGCCAAGUUCGGAAAAAGACUCGAACCCUAUACCGCUCAGACCAGCUGGAGGAGCUAGAGAAGAUAUUCCAAGAAGACCACUAUCCUGACAGCGAUAAACGCCGGGAGGUCGCCCAGACGGUGGGGGUCACCCCCCAGCGCAUCAUGGUAAAGGGGGCUGGCUCACCGGGUGGCAGUGGGGGUGGAGGACCUACUGAUUGGGAUUCUCCAGUUGCAGAGCAGAAUUCUUCAAGUGCCUUUCCCCUAUAGGUGUGGUUCCAGAAUCGCCGGGCCAAGUGGAGAAAACUGGAGAAACUGAAUGGGAAGGAAAACAAGGACGAUCCUGCAGCCCUGGCCCCUGGCCCUGCCAGCGGUCAGUGCAGCUCUGCAGCUGAGCUCCCACCCACGGUGCCUGUGGACCCAAUGCCUGAGCCCUUCCCUCAGGAGCCUCCUCUGGACACCUUUUCAAAGCCCCCCAUGCUGCUGACUUCUGACCAGACUCUGGCUGCCACCCAACAGAGUGAGGGUGCUCAGGGGGUGGCGGUGACCCCACCACUCUUCAGCCCCCCACCUGUUCGAAGGGCCAACCUUCCUUUUCCCCUCGGCCCUGUCCAUACCUCCCAACUGAUGCCUUUGCUGAUGGAUGUUCCUGGUGGUGACAGCAGCCACAAGGAUGGGUCCUGGGGAACAAGCAUUGACCUACCACCCCUCUGCUCAUUUUUGGAAGAGCUGGAACCUCAGGAUUCCCAACAGAGCAACCAGCCGGGCCCAUUCCCGUUCUCCCAGCCUCUUCACACCCAGCUCUUCCAGCCCCCGAAGCCCCAGUUUCCACCCCUCCACACCUUCCCCUUCCACGUGCCCAGCCCGCUGACACUGCCCCCGCCAGAAGACACACUCUUCACCUUUCCCUGUGGCCCUGGCGGGGGCACAUCUCAGGGCUAUUGCCCGGGCCCCCCCUCAGGGCAGAUGCUGCUACAGCAACCUGCUGGGAAUACGGGCACAAUCCCCUGGAGUGACCCCUGUGUGACAGAACUGCCCUUUCCUAGUCUGUUCUGUCCACAAACCCUGGGACAUGGCCCAGGAGGAGACGGCUACUUCCCCGAUCUAUUUCCAGCUCCCUGUGCUCAGAUGACGAGCAGACAGCCGUCACCCGGUCUCACCCAGCUGCCUGAAGGGGCCAGACCAGGAACUGGGCCCUUACUCAGCAAGGCGCAAAAAGAGCAGCCUGCCACUUGCCUGGAGCAGCCCUGGGCACCGGAAGAGGCCAGAGAAGAAGACAAGAACAGCCAAGUCCCCUAA